CCUCGUCCCGAGCCGACGGCUCGAGGGACGACGGAGCGUUUCAGUAGUAAACACCAGUUGGCGUAAGACAGUGUCGGAUGGCUGUCAUCGUUCUGCGGUCGCUACCACGAUACGUGGUGUGUGUACAAUCAGGCGGUGGUGUGUGUACGCUGGCCGCGUGUGUAUCCAUGUCCAUUUCUUAAGGAACUUGCACGAGUAUUCGUGCAUGCGACGUGCGUGCGUGCAUACGAAAGCCUAUUUGCCCUCGUGCUUUAGAGUGGUCGUGACGACGCGUUGUUACUCGUGGCAUUGCCCACUACGUUUAUCGAAAGUGCACACCGUUAUUACUUUUACGUAUUCAACUCGACGUUGCACCUGCUCUCUUUGGUCCUGGUGUCGUUCACCGAGGCGUCUGGUUGCCCGACCGUCCAACUUCCUGUCUGUCGAUCAGGAAGACGAAAAUCAGGACGCGGUGGAGUAGUAUUCCGAGUGUUUAACUGCAACGUGCAACUGAUUGUCUGAUCAACGAAGAAUCUGUUGGUGAAAAACAAAGGUAUUACCUUCGAAUCUGCACACACGCGUACGUCAUCGCCCCGAACUGAGACUUUAUCUUACGGCAAAUGCUACAGCCACGUGAAUAAACUCAUGGUACGAGCUUAAGGCACGGUAAAUAUGUGUACAGCAAAUGACCAGUAACAUCCUCGGUUGCGGAGGUGUCCGGAGGUCUGUGCAAGUUUGACGCGAGGUAAACCAGCGGUGGAGUUAAUCAAAUUUCAAUUUCCAUCCGCCAUCAGGUCAGCACGAGAGGUCGUUCGUCGAUUUCGUCGAAUUAAUAGGCUGCGUGACGUAGGAGCCUGAUAGAGGAGAUCGGUAUAAUAGUAAUCUGAACGGCGCAACACGAAGUGACGUUGAGGCAAAGUGGAGGUUGAGAUUAAAGAUAAUAGCGUGGUUAACAGGUGGAAAAGGGUUGAAAUUCGCGAAAUACCACCACGCGUCACGCAGGGGUGGUGGGUCUAUGGGGGGCUCCGCCCCAGCGGCCCCCCGGCUCCAGUCCAAACGGAAACUGCCGGAACGGCGCUAUCCUGGCAAGGUCCAAGACCGCACCGCUUCCGGUACCACCGUCAAAACGGAUGAAGAGCCCCUCCAACAUCAUGAGGCAGUCUAGCCUCACCAAGCUUGGUUCCAUGAUCAAUACCGCCGUGAACAAGAGAGUCGGCAAUGGUGACAUACAGUGGUGUUUCUCACAGGUGAAAGGAACGUUAGAAGACGAUGUCACUGAAGCUGAUAUAAUCUCAUGUGUUGAAUUUAACCAUGAUGGUGAUCUCCUUGCAACAGGAGAUAAAGGUGGUCGGGUUGUUAUUUUUCAGAGAGACCCUGUUAGUAAAAACAGUAUACCUCGGAGAGGUGAAUACAAUGUGUACAGCACCUUUCAAAGUCAUGAACCUGAAUUUGAUUACCUGAAAUCACUAGAGAUAGAAGAAAAAAUUAACAAAAUUAGGUGGUUAAAAAGAAAAAAUCCUGCACAUUUUUUACUUUCCACAAAUGAUAAAACAAUUAAGUUGUGGAAAGUCAGUGAACGAGAUAAAAGAGUAGAAGGAUAUAAUACAAAGGAAGAAAAUGGUACAAUUCGUGAUCCUGCUUGUAUCACUUCCUUGAGGGUACCAACUAUAAAGCCAAUGGAGUUGAUGGUAGAAGCAUCCCCAAGGAGAAUAUUUGCCAAUGCGCACACCUAUCAUAUAAACAGUAUAAGUGUCAAUAGUGAUCAGGAGACAUACCUCAGUGCUGAUGAUCUUAGAAUUAAUCUUUGGCACCUUGAGAUCACAGAUCAGAGUUUUAAUAUAGUAGACAUUAAGCCAACUAAUAUGGAAGAACUAACAGAAGUAAUAACUGCUGCGGAAUUUCACCCAGCAGAAUGUAAUGUCCUGGUAUAUAGUAGUAGCAAAGGAACAAUUAGACUCUGUGACAUGAGAUCAGCUGCGCUUUGCGACCAACAUAGUAAGCUCUUUGAGGAACCAGAAGAUCCCACAAAUAGAAGUUUCUUCUCCGAAAUAAUUUCAAGUAUAAGUGAUGUAAAACUUAGUAAUUCGGGAAGAUACAUGAUCAGUAGAGACUACCUCAGUGUGAAAGUGUGGGAUUUGCAAAUGGAAACAAAACCCAUUGAAUGUUACACUGUACAUGAAUACCUAAGAUCAAAGUUAUGUUCAUUGUAUGAGAAUGAUUGUAUCUUUGAUAAAUUCGAGUGUUGUUGGAGUGGUAAUGAUUCCGCUAUUAUGACCGGUUCAUACAAUAAUUUCUUCAGAGUAUUCGAUCGUACAACUAAACGUGAUCUCACAUUGGAGGCAGCACGCGACAUUGCCAAACCAAAAACACUUUUAAAACCUCGUAAGGUGUGUACUGGUGGUAAACGUAAAAAGGAUGAAAUUAGCGUUGACUGCCUUGAUUUCAAUAAAAAGAUAUUACAUACUGCUUGGCAUCCAUCUGAGAAUGUGGUAGCUGUUGCUGCUACGAAUAAUCUCUUCCUAUUUCAAGAUAAACUCUAGCACAUCUGUAUGCAAAUCAUUCAGCGGUAUAUAUUGACGUGAGCAAGGCACGUUCAACUGAAAAGUCCCAGUGGAACAAGGGGUGUCUGAAUUACACUGACGAAUGUCGACUAUUAAUAUGUUAAUGGUUGACUGACCGAAAAGUGGUGUACGUAGCGCCGUCCACACAGCUCACAUAUUCAUACACACUAUGUAUACACAGAGACAUACAGAAUUGCACGUAACACCUUGUCGCGCGUAUAUAUGUGUAUAAAUGCAUGCAAGCAAAGACAUAUGCAUAGUUCUCCAAACUACUGAAUUCCGCUAGUUGAAAUAAAAUGCACGUGGAAUCAUUACCCAUUGAUUAAAAGAAAAGGAAAUGUACAGUUCAAUCAAUCAACAGACUCGUGUUGGCGGUUAUUAUUUAACUAUUUUAAUAGAAGAUUAAUAUGUUCCGUUUGCUUGUAUCAUAGAAAUUUUGAUACCGUACAAUUUAAAGUGCUUUUUAAUAUAGGUGAUUUUUCUACAUAUAUGGAAUGAUAUUUGUAAUAGAAGUGCAUCAGUAGGACCAACUGCAUAUAAUUAAGUCACCAAACGCGGUAGAAUGUAUCUUGGGUACAUGUGCGUUGUGCAUAGAAUAUCAUUGCUUAAUAAAUUAUUUGCCAAGCAAAAUGCCUAGAUGUGCAAAAUUAAAAUUAGGGAUGAUUAUAUGUGCCAAUGAGAUUAAUCUAUAGCUCAUUACUAUUUUAAUUUCAAUUCAGUAUUGUUUCCUUUGUAAGUUCCGAUAUGAUACCAUUUUUGUUUUCGACAGAUAUUUGAUUCAAAAUUAAACUUUUUCAUACGAAUACAGUAUCCUCUAUUUAUCAAAUUCGUUGCUGAUUUUAGAAUAAACAUAUUUUCAUAAUUAUUAAUAGUUGCAUUUAAAGUAUAAUAUUAGCAGCUAUACAUGUGGAGAAAGCCAAACUUUUGAUGAUUUGAAUUAGUCAUUUACUAUCAUCACUUAGUAAAAGAUAAUAUUAAACAGUAGGCCUAUAUUCCCGCGUCUUUGUUUCCUAAAUACAAUGUUAUUAAAUACACUUGCUAUGGCAUGUUAGUUAAAAACAAAUAUUCGCCGAUACGAGUCAAGGUAUGAGAAGAUAAGGCAAAUUCAUCUUCUAGUAAAAGUUCGAAGAAAGGUUAAUGUUAAUGCAUUGCAUACAUUGAACGGUAAAAAAAUAUGGGUGUAAAGCACCAUUCGUCAGUUGCUGCUUUCUAAUAGAAAAAGAAUUCAGUCAAGAAAUAUAAGGAACUUGUGGUAACUAUAAGUGAAAUACAGAUUUUCUAAUAUUUCUUAUUGACAACUUAUUAACACUUAUAUACUUACACUUAUAAGCAGCGAUUUCGUACACGAAUAAAAGUAAAACUAAAAUUAAAAAGUGCAUUUGACGAUGGUAAGCUGCGCUUGCAGAGUUUAUGUAAAUUAAAUAUGUGCUGAAUAACAUGUAUAUUAGCGGAAUAUAACGUCAACAUUGGUAAAAUCUAUAAUGAUGAAAUUUGAACAUAAUAAUAAGUGAUUGAAACAUAUGCGCGGAUUUUGGAUUGCGAUCAAGGUGAAUAAAAUUGAAACUUUUUUAUUAAUAAAAACCAAUAGAGAAAGUUGUCCUUAGUGACAAAUACCUUACAUCAGUGACUUAAAUUGUACAUGAUCGAGAAUUAGAAGUAAUAAUUUUCACGUGUACAAAUAAGAAUUCUUGAGUCAUAGGCAAAUAAACGACUUUCGAGGUUUCCUAACACUAUACAAGCAAUCAUAUAGUUUUAAAAAGAAAAAUAUAUGAUUGCUGUGCUAAAACCGGAGACUCGCUUUAAUCUGCGAAUCGUCCUUAACUUCUAAUUAGUUCUCUGAAAGAUCUGCUAUAUGGCCAAAAAUAGAUACACGUGAUAUAAAAAGCUAUUUUAAAUUAUGCGCUUUGAAUGGUUUCAACUAAUCACAUUCUUAUUCAAAUGAUGUAAUAUUUAAGCAUUAAGUUUUAGGUACUGGAAAUUAUUAAUUAGGUAUUUUAUGCGUUGGAUUUUAAUGUCCAAUUUAAUUUAAAAAAAAAUAUAUAUAUGUAUUACAUAUUAUUACGUUUCUUGCAUAAUACGACUUUUAUUAAAGGGCGGGGGAAAAAGGAAAAAGACAAAAAUAUUGAUAUGGUAUCGCUUAAGGAAUUUAAUUAUGUUAUUUGCAUAUUAACGCAAAAGCAAUAACGGGAGAAAGAAAUCUCCUUUUGUAAUCAUGUACAACGCAAUGCAUGAAACGUAAUAACUAACGUAAUAAAAGUAUCAAGCCAGGAUUAUUACUCAGUAUCUUUGUAACGCGAUAUUUAGGCAAUUGUGUACUCACGAAGGAAGGAGGUGAAAAGACGCACGAAUAAAAAAAUGCAAAAUCAUAAUCAAUAAGCUGUAAUCAUAAUUUGUUUUUAAAAAGAUACACGCGAUGGAAUCGUGAAAUUCGUUCUAUAUUCGAACAAA